GAUCUGUGGUCAUUGCUUCUAUGAAAUGUAAACUAAUAGUACCUACUUAAUAAUAUUUAUUAUUUUAAAUAUUAUAGCGCAAGAGACUUAUAAUUUUUCUUUUGACUAAUUAUAAAUAUUGUAUCAGUAUAUUAAUAAAAAUGAAUAAGUUAUCGGGGUUAUGGCGAAUACACCAUGUACAUUUUCAGCAAGUGAGGUUAGGCCAUAAAAUGCGAGGAAAACCUCCAAUAUUUUGUAGAACAAUAAAAGAACGUCUAGAAGAAUUAAAUUAUAAAGAUGAAUUGUACACUACAAGAACUGACAUUGGAUUUCCAUCGGAUAAAAAGUCAUCAACAGAUGCUCGAGUAAACCGUAUGGAACAAACAAAAAAAGUUAAAAAUGAUAAAAAUCUGGAACAGUUGGCACGAAAAGGACAGUUAGAGAUAGACUUGAUCCAGUCUAAAAAGGAUUGGUUAGCAACAUUAGGGCCUUUGCAUAAAAAACAAAUAGCUGAUCACUAUGGAAUAUAUGAACAUUUAUAUGGAGAAGGCUUUUUCAUACCACAUUUGAAUUUGGAUAUAUUCUAUGAUUUAAAAAAGGGCAGUUGCCUGCCAGUGUAUUAUGGAAAUGUUAUAAAACCUGCAGAGGCAUUGGAGAGUCCCAUUGUUUCCUAUGAGUCUGAUGGCAAUACUUUAUGGACAUUAGCCUUAACUAAUCUUGACGGACAUCUGAAGGAGAAUGAUAAGGAGUAUGUUCAUUGGCUGAUUGCAAAUAUUCCUGGGAAUUCUAUUGAGAAAGGGGAUGUUAUUGUGGAUUAUUUGCGUCCUUUCCCCUUGAAAGGCACUGGAUGUCAUAGAUACACAUUUGUGUUGUACAAACAGGAUAGCAGGGUGUCAUAUGAUCUACCUAAAGUUACACUUUCUUCACCUCUAGAUGAUAGAACAUUUAGCACAAGAGACUGGUACAAGAAGUAUCAAGACAACAUAACUCCAAUUGGACUUGCGUUUUAUCAAACUGACUGGGAUGCAAGUGUUACUGAGUUCUUCCACAAAACAUUGAAUCAAAAAGAGCCAAUUUACGAGUAUGAUUUCCCAGCACCAUACAUACGGCCCCAGGAAUGGUAUCCACUUAGACAGCCAUUUAACUUAUACAUGGAUAAAUAUAGAGAUCCCAAGCAGAUUAACAAGGAGUACCUUUUGCGUAAACUUAAAAAUGAAGAUCCAUUCAAAACUCCUCCACCACCACUCAAAUUUCCCAAUGCCCAGUUUCUGCCAAAAAAUAUGCCUUCUUGGUUGAAAUUGCAUGAAAAGAAAAUCCGAAUGCGCUGGGGGCGAGUCAAUGAUGUGUGAAUCUGAGAUUAAUAAAUUAAUGUAGAAAAAAAUAUAAAAUAAAA